CUCAAAAAAAUAAAGGUGAAUUUUAUGUUAUGUGAAAUUCAAAUAUUAACUGUAAUUCAAUAAAAAAGAUCUUAAAUAUUUCAUCAUUCAUAAUACAUGUGAGUUAUCUUUCCCCUGUCUAUAUUUCCUUUACAAUCGGCCACCAUCGAAAAGUUGAGGAAGCCUACAGCUCUCAGGAGCAGUCCUUUGAGCUUGGGUAGGGGCACUUAGAAUGGUCCAACAUUUGACAUACCAUUGUAAGCUUUCCUACAAUACAGCCUCUAACAAAACUAGGCUGUCCCAAACCCCUGGUAACAUAAUUGUUUACCUUUAUACAAAGAAGGUUGGGAAAGCACCAAAUUCUGCAUGUGGUGUGUGCCCAGGCCAACUUAAAGGGGUUUGUACUGUGAGACCUGAAGUUCUUAUGAGAUUGUGCAAAACAGAAAGACAUGUCAGCAGGGCCUAUGCUGGUUCCAUGUGUGUUAAAUGUGUUCAUGACAAGAUCAAGCGUGCUUUCCUUAUCAAAGAGCAGAAAAUCGUGAAAGUGUUGAAGAGUCAGAAAGCUAAAUAA